GUCGACAACGUCCUGCAACGUCCUUGAACCCAACUCGCUCUCUCGCAUCCCCAUCGUGGAAAACAUUGAAACGGUGACGGAUUUCCGGAAAGCGAGCGGAACGCGCGCGCAGCCGCACUGCCACCCCUUGGCCAGGCGCAUCUGCGCAUUUUCCAACAAAAUUUCUCUCACAGGCGAGGUUCUGCCUGUCCCGGAUUGUCGUGUUCGUUCCGACGGAGCAGGCUGCCGGAAGUGGGAUACGAAGAAUACCAACCAACUUUCGGUUGUUCACAUAUCGUUUAUUAAUUAUGUACAAAACGGUACGAAAAGGCGAUGCCAGUCUGCAGUACACAAUUGUACCGCAAACGGACCAGUUUUCGUCUGAGUUCCCUCAGACGUCGGAAAAAUCUAGCCCGAGGGUGAUCAAGUACACCAUAGCCACUUUGCUCAUCCUGAUCAUCCUGUCCUGCGUGGCGACCCCGUUUCUCAUAAGUCAGAAUGAUCAGAGCCUGUUCGCGGGCACUGUGCUCGCGAUGGGUCGGGUCGGGCACGACACAAUAGAGAGAAACUCGUCGAGGAGUCAGGGGAAAGAGAUCGGCGUGAACAAAAGCAAAAGCAGGCUUCCGAUCACCGCCACCACCACCGCCACCACCACCACCACUACACUUCCAUCGACGGAAGCCUACAGGAAGCAGGAUGUCGAGGACGAGAUGACUACGGGAGCGUUGAAUGGCGACGAACAAGAGUCGGAGGAGUUCGCUACCACGGAUUCCACGACAAGUAGCAUGCAGCGUCAAGAAAGCAGCACGGAAUCGUCGACGAGUACUCGACAGACGUCCACCUUCGCGAUAUUCACGUCCACGAUGAGCCCGUCGUCGACUCUGUCGUCGACCGGUUCGAAAACAUGGACGAGCACGACGAGCGAGAUGGCCAAGACGUCUUCGAACGCGUCGAGAAAGGCGAAGAUGCCGAGGGUGACCUUGAAGCUGAGAGAGAACGAGACGAUACCGCAGAUGUACAUGAAGGCGGGGAUAGCGUCGUACAAGAAAGGAAAUAUCACGACUAGCGUGCUGGCCCACGGCCUAAGCCUGGAAGGGUUGAUCUUCAAGACGCCGGAGGGUACGAUAAACCCGUGGCCGCAGAAGUGGUUCUUCACCGAUCCCUCGUCCGACUUCCAAUGGAAGGUACAGUCAUCUCCGCAAGGGUUAAACCAAAUGCCGAUAAGGAUUUACAUAGUCCUGGCUGUGUUCGCGGCCUUGGCAAGCGUCAGCAUCUCCCUUCUACUGUACGUGCAGCGAAAGGCUACAAGACGCCAGCGUCAGAGUGUGGAGGAACCGGAAGUGGAGGGCCACGAGGAAGACAAAUCGACUCUGCUGGGCGCCGAGAGUCAGGAAACCGAGGAGAAAGAGUAAUCGUGAUUUCCAUCACGGGGAGAGAGCCACGUAGCUCGUAAGACUCGCAUAUUUUUACAACACGUACAUGCGUCACUUUAGAUUUAGAUAAUCUCGCGUGAAACACUGGAUGAUCAUGGAGGGGGUAUGUAAUAUUUUCCGAUUGAUCGAGUGUGGGAGGCUCCGUUUUUUAAAGGAAUUGAAAUAAUUAUUAUUGCCCAACUAUGGAGAAAAACACAUCCACAUCUAAUUCUGACGAGUCAACGUAAAUUUUCAGUUUGUUUCUUAAGUUCCUGGAAUGAAUAUAUGCGUGAAAAGUUUGUAGAAAUUAGUGGUAAUUUAGAAUAAUUUUGUGAUAAUUAAGCGAUACUGUAUU